AUGCUGGGUCGACAUCACAGAACAACGAUUACAUAUGUUCUAGCCCAGCCAAAGAUGCUGCAACUUGUGCAAUUGCGUGGGUGCUGUCCUGACAUAAAGCUGCCUCUCGGUCUCGCUCUGUUUCUGGCGAAGAUGUUCCUUUCCCAACGCCCUUUCAGUCCACGACGCCCCAAACUUCGGCAGAGUUCUCCCAACGCAAAGAGUGCGUCCCCCGCCCCCAAAGGCCGGCUUGAUUAUGUAACAUCCAUCCGACGAUCGGGCACCCGGGACCAUGUCUGCACUGGAGUGCUUAUCAGCCCCUGGCAUGUGCUCACUGCCGCCCACUGCGUGGAUCCAGACUCACAUUACAGUGCUGGGUCACGGCCGGUGGUGCACAUUGGCGCCACAAGCGUGGAGCAGAUGGACUCAAACGAGAUUGAGGUGAGGCUGGUACAGAAGAGCGACAUUCAUACAGAAUGGAUCAAAGGGGGCAAAGUGCAACGCUCACCACACAACAUCGCCGUGCUGCGACUGGCCCAGCCGUCUUCCCGCCCCAUGCCAAAUCUCUUGUCGGAUCACUUCAAAGUGACCACCGGCACGAAGCUGGCUGCCUGCGGGUGGGGACCUGAGAGCGGUGGGCCUGCCCUCGGAGAAGCAAUCUUUGGCGCUUUGACAGUGGAGCGGCAGGAGUUUAUAGAUGCGACCACGUGCAACUGGACCACACUGUGGGACGGUGCAAUGCCAUCUGGCAUGUUCUGCGCCUUGAACGAGGGACACAAGGCUUCAUGCGUCAUCGACUCGGGGUCGCCCCUCAUGGUUUUGGAUGCGCCGAGCUAUGAUGUUGGAUCUGGUAAGGCCGACUUCGAUUUCCUGGUUGGCCUGAACGUGGAUGGGGCUCCCUGUGGGGCGGACGGCAAGCCAGAUAUCUGCGUGGACAUCAGGCAGCACCACGCUUUCAUAGAAGCUAUCAUCAACGAAGGUCACGACGAGCUAUGA